CUUCCGCUCGCGACGGGCGGGCUGCUGAGAGCGCAUGCGCGCGGGGGCUGGCGUCAGCGCGCCGCCGCCAUCUUGCGAGCACGGCCUCGUGGGCGCGUCCCGCGUGGGCGGUGCGACGGUGGGGACGUCUGCGGAGGCCUAUCCCGUUGGGGGUUCUGCGCCCUUUGCCCCAGGCAUUUUUUGGACCCGGGCAUCCCCAGGGGUCAGCCCGCAAGCUGAAGGGGCGGGGCAGUGUCACAGUCUCGCUGAGCCCCACGCAGAACGUGGGCGCGGCGUGGCAUUUCCGCGAGGUGCUGGAACGCGCGUCUGUCAGUCAACGGGCGCGUCUCCCUCCACGGCCACGCCUCCCUCUGUGGGUACGCAGCCGUCAUUCUGCGAGGACAAACGGACCCAGCCGGUCCCCUCUAGGAGCCGGGGUCAGCGGAUGGUCGCCGUCCAGCCCGAGGCGGCCUUCGCGCCAGUCGCCGCUGUCUGGCCUCCCGGAAGUUACCGCCGGACGUUCAUCCGCGGGUGUCGGCCUAGCGCUCCCUUCCAGGAGGGGGAUCGGUGCGCCUGCCGAACCUUUUGCUCCUUCCAGACCAAGUCAGCAUGUGGUCGCUCUGCCCGGAGCUCCUGGCCCAGACGCCACGGCCGACCCGGGUUCUUCAGCCGCGUGGCGAGUAUCGGACACUUGCCCAUGCGCUCAACCCGGGAGCAUUUUGCAGCUCCAGGUGGGGCCCAUGAUUUGUGACCAAUGUGGCGGGUCUGGCGGAGCCCGCGCCGCCAGUGCCCGCCGAGCACCCCGCUUCCUCCUCCUCCUCGCGGGGUCUGAGCCCCCAAAUGCUCAACACCAGAAUCAUCACAAACACACACCCCUAGAUUGCGCGUAGGAGGGCCUUUUAGGCCAUAGAACUUAAUGCGAAAUACUGACUUUAGUUUCUUUUCGAAAUGUCUUAACUUUUGAGGGGUGUUUGCGAGUUUUCUGUAUCUAAGAGUCUCACUGUCCCCUUUAUGUGUAGGAAGUUGAGUUGGCCAAAGACAGAGCAUUCCAGUAUGGUAUUUAUUCGGUGUGUGCUUCUGAGGCUUCCUGCCACUGAAAACCGCGAUGCUAGAGCCAGCCGUCCUGCUGCACUGCUGAAUCGCUGGUUGAGCAAAAGUUUGCUUUCCCAUAACCCAAGUGCUUUUUGAAAAAUACCGAACUUGUUAUGUUAGUCACCUAUUGCUGGGUAAAAACGUACCCUGGAAUUUAGCAGCUUAAAACGACCAACAUUUACUAUCUGCGGGGUGAUUCCGUCUCCAGUCUUGUGAGGUUGUGGUCAACUGUGAGCCUGGGACCUGGUCUCAAGGAUCUGCAGCGGGCUGUUGGCUGGAGGGUUUAGUUCCUCGCUGCCCACAGCUUCUGGCCUCUCUAUAAGGCAGUUGGCGUCCCCCAAGUGAGGCCUCAGAAACAGAAACAGAGGGACUUCCCUGGUGGUCCAGUGGGCAAGACUGCACUCCCAAUGCAGGGGGCCAGGGUUCAAUCCCUGGUUGGGGAACUAGAUCCUGCAUGCCACAACUAAGAGUCCACAUGCAGCAACGAAGAUCCUGCGUGCAGCAAGAGAACGCAAGCCAGGGAAACAGCAAGUGCCAAAAACAAAGCUGCAGUGUCUCUCACAGCCUAGUGUCAGAAGUGCCAUCGCUUCUGCUCUCUUCUGCUGGUCACACGGACCUUCCCCAGUACAGCACCAGAGGAGAGCACAGGAGCAUGAGGACAAGGAGGCGGCCCACCACAUGGACCAAGGUAGAAAGAAUGGGAUUAUGAAGCCCAGGGGACCUAUCACCAGCUUCAACAGGUGCAGGUUGGACCUGCAGGAGCUGGACCCCUUGGAAUGUGACGUGUUUCUGCACCAUCACAAGGGAGGAAUGACGCUGUUUUGAACCUUUUAUCAAAUUAGCAAAGAACCUAAGAGAUGUGACAAGCAUGGCCACACCCAGAACGCCCAUCGGGGCUGGGGAGGGCUAUGAAAGUACACCUUGAACCUUAACAGUGUUCUGAGGAAAGAACCAUGGCUGUGUG